AUGUGGAACUCCACUGUGUUUGAGGUGCUGAGGACGCGCCACCGGGGCUCAAGCAGGGAGCUGUGUGUGCGGCUGGGGCGGGAGCGGGAGCCCGAGGCGGGCGGAAGGCAGGGCCAGGCCGGAGCGGGAGCGGGCCACGGGAACGCGGCGGGCGGAAGGCAGGGCCCGCGGGAGCGGGAGCGGGAGCGGGCCGCGGGCACGCGGCGGGCGGAAGGCAGGGCCCGCGGGAGCGGGAGCGGGCCACGGGAACGCGGCGGGCGGAAGGCAGGGCCGCGCGGGAGCGGGAGCGGGCCGCGGGCACGCGGCGGGCGGAAGGCAGGGCCGCGCGGGAGCGGGACUGGGCCGCGGGCACGCGGCGGGCGGAAGGCAGGGCCCGCGGGAGCGGGAGCGGGACUGGGCCACGGGAACGCGCGGGCGGAAGGCAGGGCCCGUGGGAGCGGGAGCGGGCCACGGGAACGCGCGGGCGGAAGAAAGGGCCCGCGGGAGCGGGAGCGGGCCACGGGAACGCGCGGGCGGAAGGCAGGGCCCGUGGGAGCGGGAGCGGGCCACGGGAACGCGCGGGCGGAAGGCAGGGCCGGGCGGGAAGACUUCCGGGCGCGCAGACAGACAGACGGCCGGGCUGGCCUGUGGGCCCUGCCAGAUUGCCUACUCUGGCGCGAGGAGGAAGGCCGAGAAGCGGCCAGGUCGGCCGUAGAAGGCGCUUGCCCUUGUUGGCCCCAAGCGAUGCGUCCAACCUCGUUGGCAGGAGAAGCAGAAGCUGCAAGGAAGAGAGCAGAGGCUCACACAGCUGCGGGCGCCGGUGGCUGGCUGAGAGUAGAGGAUCAACCGGAGACCCUCUUUCAGAGCCACGUCUGGGCUUCAGGAGUUGGCUGCAGAGCUUCAAGUUACAGUGAAAUUAUGAAGCCUCAUGAAUACUUUCCUCCAGAGUGUCACCAUAUCAUUCUUGAUUUCCUCCAGAGAAAUCACCAACUUAGUUUAUACCUGCAAAUUAACACAGCAGCCUAACUGAGGGCCCUAAACGUGGUGGUUGAUGCCAUCUGAUCUGUAAAACAUGGAAAACUCUGCCUUCCCCUGCCCCUCCAGGGUAGUUAGGGGAAUCACAUGAGCUAAAGGUUGUGAAUGUGCUUUGUCAGUACUGAGUAAUUAAAGCUGAAGAGGUGUCAUAUCUGACACAGGAAUCUGUCCUGAAGUCAGUGCCAAAGGGGAAAAUUAUGUCAAAAUUCCGUUUGAAGAUCCCUUAGUGAGGGAAUAUGGAAUACAUUGUAGAGCACACACGGUUCUGUGCAAGUUACACAGGUGUGUGUGUGUGUGUGUGUGUGUGUGUAGAGAAUGGCACAGAAGACAGUCGAGGGUUCACGUGGCGCACCGUGUGAAAUGCCAUGUGGAAUGUUUAAACACCAACUCACACUCAGCUCUCUAAACUGUCUCCUCUUCAUAGGCAAUGUAGGAACCAACAGAAGGAAUGACAGAUUUGCCGGUCUCAUCGUAUCCCACUCUUUCUCUCUGGAUGAGCCAGGGUGGCUGUUCUCAUAAAUCUAAGUAUGACUCUAUCUAUCAGGGCCCUUCUACCUGUGGCCCCUAAAUCCUGCUGUGGGUUGUGUGGCUUAAUACCAGACACACACACACACACACACACAUCCCUGGGCACCAUCAUUAAGAAUGAAGAAUAAGGUCAACACUGAUGUGUGAAUUUAUUUGGAAAGUAAUCCUCUACUCAUGAAUAAAUAUCUGGUUUCAACUA